AUGAAAAUUAUCGAUUUUUUAUCAAACGUCAUAAAUCAGAAACUUCACGAAGACAGAAAUCACAGAUCGGUUUUGUCAACUGAUCAUCGCUCGUCACUGUCAACUCAGCCACGUCCAGCUCAACCAACACCAAAUUUGGAGAUUCCGACAAUUAGAAAAGAGCAACACUCUCAGAAAACUGAUCAAGACCUGAAGCCAUCACAAUCUUCAUCUGAACAGAGCAAUUCUUCGGGAACACCAGAAAGAACUCAAGGACAAUCGACUACAGAAUCGCUCAAUUCACCAUCAAAAGUCGUUGAAGCCAAGGCUGAGUCCGUGUUUGGAUCCGGAAUGCCUGCUAUUAUUCGUGACAGCAAUCCACCAAAUCAACCUACAAAUGCGUCCAGGAACAAUAGGAAUUCUACUGAUACAAGAAACUCAACUGGAGUGACAAAAAUUGCCAGCACAACUGCACGAUUAUGGGUUCUGUCCGUUGCUUUUGAAUGA